AUGAUUAUUUUUCUUGAUCCACUGACGCGUCUUAUCGCUACGGAAGCACGCAGGGAAGCGGUUAUUAUGUCGGACUCAGAAGAUGAUCCAGACUACCAGCCGUCUACAGACGAAGAGUCGGAGAGGGAGAGUAGGUGUUCUGAUCGUAGUUCAUCUAAAGAAAGCACAGAAUUACCUGCAAACGGACGCCAACAACAAGACAACAACACAAGAUCUCAGAGUAUGCCGAAUUCGAGCUGGAAUAUACCCUCAUCAGAUGGCUCAAGAAAAAAGCAGUUUCCGUUUACAGCUGUCCCAGGUAUGAAGAAUAUUCAUUCAGAUUGUCAAAGUGAAUUAGACUUUUUCCGUUUAUUUUUGGAAAACGAAAUUAUUGAUUUGAUGAUACAUAUGACCAACUCGUACGCAUCAAAAACACAAAUACUUAGACGUGUAACACGGAAUAGUCGAUUGUCUAAGUGUUACGAUUGUGAUGCUGCCGAAAUGAAGAAAUUUAUUGGCUUAUUGAUUUGGAUGGGGCUCAAAAAACUGCCAAAAAUAAGUGAUUAUUGGAGUACGGAUGUAUUAUAUGAAAACAAUGUUGCGAAUAAAGUGAUGAGUAGAAAUCGUUUUGAAAUAUUACUUCGAUGUUGGCAUUUCGAAGAUGCUUAUUUUGUUGGCAUGUCAGGAGCAGAUCGACUGAUAAAAAUAAGACGUUUCGUAGAGAUUCUUUCAAACAAAUUGGAUCAAUACAAAACACCUGGAGAAUUUCUUACUAUUGAUGAAACAAUGGUAGGUUUUCGUGGCCGGAUUGCUUUUAUGCAGUACAUACCUGGAAAGCGACAUAAAUGUGCAAUAAAGUUAUUUAAAAUAUGCAACGACGAUGGAUAUACCUACUAUUUAAUUGUAUAUGAAGGAAAUAAGACCACGACAACGACACAAAACAUAUCAAAAACUCAGUGA